GAUUGAGAGAGACAUGCCGCUGUCAGCGAACUUACAAACCAUCACGUGUUUACAACAGUUACAAGUGUCAGAUAAAAUACACUUGAAACUAUGUUGAAUCAAGUCUAUAGUGACACUAUACGCUGCAAAUGGUUGAUGUAAAUAAUUUUUAUUGCUGUUUAUACAAAUUUAUGUGGAGAAGAGAGUGUGUUUUCAUACGUGUGUGAGCUGUGUAAAAUGCGUUUUGUAGUGCUAUGUGCGUUGAUUUCGAUUGGAUAUAAUGCUGGAUCACAGAUGGUACCACCCCGUAUCACGGAACAUCCCGCAGACCUGACUGUGCCACGCCACGAGCCUGCCACCCUCAACUGUGCCGCCGACGGUCAUCCUCCGCCCCACAUAGAGUGGUACAAGGAUGGCCACCCUGUGCGACCCUCGGCCAGCCGCGUACUACUGCCUGGGGCGCUGUUCUUCCUCAGAGUGACUCCUGGCCGCGACGCCGGAGUCUACUGGUGCAGAGCGACCAACUCCGCUGGCCACACGACCAGUAGAAACGCCACCUUGCAAGUCGGAGUGCUGAGGGAGGAGUUUCGUGUGGAGCCGUCAAACUUAAGGGUUGCUCAAGGGGAGACGGCGCUGCUGGAGUGUGGUCCUCCCAAGGGAGUUCCGGAGCCGCAGGUUUCCUGGAAAAAGAAUGGUGUACUUGUGGAAGUGGACACCUCUGACAGAUUAAAAAUUGUAGAUGGAGGAAAUUUGGCUAUUCAAAAUGCAAGAAAGGCGGAUGAAGGGAAAUACCAAUGCGUCGCCAAAAACGCUGUUGGGGUGAGAGAGUCCGCUCUUGCACAACUUAAAGUCCACGUGAAACCGUUCCUAGUGCGGGUGCCUGAGGAUGCCGUGGUAGUGGCGGGAGCGAGUGUGGAGUUCUCCUGUGAGGCGGGCGGAGACCCUGUGCCGGACGUGCUGUGGAGACGCACGGCUGGCGGCGGCAACAUGCCUCUGGGCAGAGUCCAUGUACUGGAGGAUCGCAGUUUGCGGCUGGAGGCGGUCACUCAGGAGGACGAGGGAGAGUACAGCUGUGAGGUGGACAACGCCGUGGGAAGUCUCACCGCCUCGGCCAUGCUCAUCGUCCACUCUCCUCCGGUGAUUUUGGUUAGGCCACAAGAAUUAACAGUGGAGGAGGGCCGCAACGCCGUGUUCUUCUGCGGGGUGAGAGGGAAGCCAACUCCGACACUGUUCUGGCUUAUAGAGGGUAACCACACGUUGCUGAUGCCCGGAGACGAGCAAGGACAGAUUGUGGCGUCGACUACCAGCGAGAGCCACGAGGGGGUGUCACUGUCGUUGACCAUCCAGGGAGUCCAAAAGAGCAACAACGGCCUGGUGGUGAUGUGUGGUGCUAUCAACGCUGCUGGCUCUGACUCCUGGACCUCUCGCCUCACCGUCGUCUCACCUGACGAUCACCCUCCUCCCAUCAUCCAGCUUGGCUCCUCCAACCAGACUCUGCCCCUCCACACCCCGGGCAUCCUGACCUGUCACGCCUCUGGAGACCCUGCUCCCAUCAUCACGUGGUACAAGAACGGCAUCCCCGUUACCAUAGAAACUCCUCAGGUCACUCUGUCUGACGAUGGGACACUUACAAUACACAACCUAGUGGAGAGUGACGAGGGACUGUACACAUGUGUGGCAUCCUCUCGUAGUGGGAAGGCAACAUGGAGCUCCACUCUCACACUAGAGCCCCGUACCAACCCCAACGCUCCGUUCUACCGCAGUCCGGAGCCCUCCACACUACCGGGCCCUCCUAGCAGACCUACACUAGUGAACUCGUCCGACAACAGCCUCACUAUAUCCUGGACCAGGAACAACAAGAUCGGUUCUUCCUCUCUGCUGGGCUAUCAGGUUGAAAUGUUCAAGAGGUCGCUGAGUGGAGGUCACAGUGGUGGUGGUUGGGUAGUAGCGGCCAGGAGAGUCCCAGGUCCCACCUACACGCAGGCCUACCUCCAGCCUGACGAGUCCUACACGUUCAUAGUACGAGCGGAGAACUCUCACGGUCUAUCAUCCGCGUCCCCGCCGUCUGCCAGUCUCCUGCUGUCCAACACCACUGUGGACGCCUCUGUAAAGGAGGCGAGGGCCAGUCUGUCCACCGGCCACGUCGUUGAGCUCACCUCCGUACAAGCCGUCUCGUCCACCUCUGUCAGACUGGGCUGGGAGAUCCUGAGCAGUGACUACGUGGAAGGCGUGUUGAUCUUCUCCCGUGGUAUGGAUCCUCACGCGCGCUCCACCACCAUGCUGACGGUACUUCACACCGGCGACACGUCAGGAUUCUUGGUCACUGGCCUCAGACCCUACUCGCGCUACCAGUUCUUCCUUGUACCCUUUUACAAGCUAGUAGAUGGAAGACCGUCCAACUCAAAAACAGUUCGCACUCUCGAGGAUGUCCCAUCUGAGCCACCAAGUAACAUUGAAGCUGUUCUGGUCAACACUAGUGCUGUGUACCUGAAGUGGAAACUUCCAUCUCAGACCUCUCACAACGGGAUUAUCAAGUCAUACCAGGUCGUGGUGAGAGGCACGAUGGGAGUGCUGAGCAAUGUGUCAGUGAGUGCCGCGACACCGUCACUACUGCUUACCAACCUGACCGCAGGGGUGGUAUACACCGUGCAGACGGCGGCGGCCACUAGGGUAGGGCUGGGACCGUACAGCGCUCCCGCCACGCUGCGACUGGACCCCUCCACCAGGCUGCUCAAUCACCCCAGACAACCAGUGGGAGUGCAGCCUAGUAUGGAGAUGGCCAGUUUCGACUUUCUCUCCGAGACUUGGUUUAUAGUGUUACUCAGCUCCAUGGUAGCCGUCAUGGUUCUUCUCUUCAGUUCGAUGCUGUAUUUCUGGAAAAAGCAAAUUAACAAAAAGGACUACUUACCAGAUUCCCGAUCGAACGCGGGCGUGCUGACCACACCUCUGGGGUUCAAAGGUUUGACAGUGGGACUGACUCACCCUCUGGCCACGGACCCCAACCUGUGGAUAGAGGGAGGCAAGUGCGAGGUCGAUGAGAAGUGUCAGUUGUACAGCGAGGUACCGCAGACUGCCGAGGACUACGCUGAGGUCAACAUGUUACAGCGAGGCUCCUUGUGGACGUUCAAGGGGGUGGGAGGUGCCAGCCAGACGUCUGCGGCGUACGCCUCGACCACCCUGGUACUGCCGCCGUCCAGCAACAGCCACUCCCCGGACUCUGACCAAAAGAGGAGCAACGACAAUGAGACAUCCUACACAUCAUUUGGCUACUACGACGGAAGAGUGUUUUCUGAUAACUAUUACUUACUUGGUGACAGAGGAUAUAGGAUUAAGGGUAACUACAGUGCGGGGGUGCCAGCGACUCUGGUCAUCCCCCAGAACGGACGUAGAGCGCUGUCAGACGCCGGAGAGAGAGACACAGAGAGCAGUCAGCUGGACACCCCUCCCCCACCACCACCAUCACUGCCACCACAGCCUCCUAGAUACCGACGAAGCUCUGCCUCCACGCCACUCAUCAGGCCACAAGAGAGUGUAUAUUCCGACGGCAGCAAGUGCCGGAUACAGAGACCUCCUAGACACCCACGGACUAUGACAUCGUUCAGCAGCUACAAUGACCACCACACUACCAUCUACCACAAACCGAACCACAGCUAUCAUGUGACAGCCAAUGGUAGAGGAGAACCACCAGGAGUGUGCAAGGGAACCACAUGAUGGCUACCCAGGACCACCUCGCCUGCUAGCGAACCAUACUGCAGGCCUAGCUGAGGCUGUACCUGAGUACUGACCAAAGAAAAUAACAACAACAUGCUGUACGAAUAUUGUAAUAGAUAGUGCAUUAUGCAUAUGAAAUCAAAAAAGAAAAAUGAAAUUUACUGGAUGUUCAUUUUUGAGAUAUCAAAAAACUGUAAUUUAUACAUUUAUUACAUUUAUUAGUGAUACAAUCCCUGAACAUAGUAUGUAUUUUACCUGGUAUUCAGGGGCACUUCCCUAUUGCUAAGGGUAUAAUAAUUGUAUU